UGAGCCAGCACUGAGGGCAUAAUACAGGGCCAGAGGAAAGGGUCUGGUUUUAUUUGGACCAGGUUUGAAGGAGACCGGGCUGAAAUGACACUGCUUUCGAUCUAAACACGACCUACCUGCUGUAAAUAAACGGAACUCUCCUCGUAGCCUCAGUUCCUGUCGGUGCCACAAUGUCUUGCCGGGACAUCCAUGCCACCAACGCUUUUGCCUUCAUCGUUGCCUUUGUGUCUUUGGGAGGGAUUGCUGUGGCAGCAUUAAUCCCACAGUGGCGUAUAACGAGACUCGUCACUUUCAAUCGGAAUGCCAAGAAUAUCAGCGUGUAUGAUGGGCUGUGGGCUAAAUGUGUAAAACAGGAUGGCUAUUCAGGAUGUUACUACUAUGAUUCAGAGUGGUACUCUAAAGUGGACCAGCUGGAUCUGCGGCUACUGCAGUUCUGUCUGCCUACAGGCCUGCUGUUUGGCUCUCUAGCCUUGCUGCUGUGCAUGGCAGGAAUGUGUAAGACCUGCUGCUGUUCCGACAAGCCUGAACCGGACAUUAAGACCAUCAGAUUCCUGGUCAACAAUGCAGGAUGUCACCUGGUGGCAGGGACGUUCUUGUUCCUAGGCGGAGCUAUUGCCAUCGCACCAUCAGUGUGGUUCCUGUUUCGCACCAAGGAAAUGAACAUCAGAUAUGAUAACAUUUUCUCUGAUGGCUUUGCUGUGUAUGUAUCUAUUGGCUGCUCUGGAGGACUUAUGCUGGCCGCCCUACUGAUGUUCAUGUGGUACUGUAUGUGUAAGAAGUUGCCGUCACCCUUCUGGUUGCCCAUGACCUCCAUGCCUACCUCUCUGUCCACCCAGCUUCUCACUGCCAACGGAUAUCCUCCUUCCCCAGUUUAUGGCCCCCAGCCCUUCCCACCACAGCCCUUUCCUCCGACAGUUAUCGACGCCCAGCCGUAUGUGACCUCCCAGGGUUACACGCAAAAUGUUAUUGCCCCUGCACAGGUGUAUGUGUCUCAGAUUUCUGCUCCAGAUGGGUAUGGUUCAGAAGUGGGAGGGACCCAGGCCUACAGCUAUGCUCCCUCGCAGAGCUAUGCUCCCUCGCAGAGCUAUGCUCCCUCGCAGAGCUAUGCUCCAUCUCAGGGCUACGCAUCCACCUACGCAGGACACCGCUACUCCUCCCGCUCACGGAUGUCUGCCAUAGAGAUCGACAUUCCCGUGCUGACACAGGGACAGUAAGAGAAAAGCUGUUGAUAACGUCAGCACAUUAAAGGCUUCUGCCCAUGAAGUAUAUGCCAGCUAUUUACAGCCCUUGGAGUGAUUCAGUCAGUAUAGGUCUGUAAAUAGCUGAUUUAUAGAUUAUGAAACCCAGUCAAAAGAACCCUGGCGUUAUGAAGGAUGAGCUUUUCCUAAAAAUGAAAAGCACUAUCACUGGUGCAAACAACACUAGGUUACUAUUGUAGAAAGGGAAGAACGGAUUUCCUGCCAAAAAUACCUGAAAGACAUCUUAACCAACUAGCGUUUUUUUUACUGUUUUACCAGCAGAGCAUGACCACAAAAAAUGGCUCAUAAUUUGUUAAAGUGGACAAUGGACCAUUGAACUAGAUACAGCAAAUACUAGCAUUUGGUGUGUGGCUGAAUAUAAAUCCCCACUCUUGCUUUUAGAUUAAAGAAGCUUUGAUGAUGGCUGCCAAAAAGCUACUGACUGCUAGUCAGUGAUUCUUCUGUUACAUUUGUUUAUGUUGGACAUAUUCAUACUUAAAUGAAUUGCCACUUGUCUGUGUAAAGCUUUCAGUAUAGAAGUCUAAUGUUAUCACUACUGUACAUUACUUAAAAUUAUGUGGUUCUGAAUGGACAACUACUAACUGACUCACCUGCUAAUAUAUUUUGUGUUUAUGUAACAUGAAUUGUUAAUGUCACAUUGCCCCUGUGAGGAGCAGCUGUUGAAGUUUUUAAUGCACUAAUUGAGUGAAUACUGUGCCAGUUUACAUUGCCUGACUUUUGUAUAGCCUUAAGUAUUUUCUCACAUAUUAUUUCAUCAUUUAUUGCAACAUAAUAUUCCAAAGUGUUAAUGUCUUCAAAAAAAUGUCACUAAGAAUUUUGCUGAUUUUGAUCACUGUGUGGAAUUACAUUUUAAUUAUGAACAGUAAUGUAAAAAACAGGAAGGAGAGUGCUGUUCAUCUGCACUCAACAUGUCUGCUGAUAAUUCAACUAUUUCCAACUUAGCUGGAAGUGUAAUCUUGUUCAUUGGCGGUAACCAGUUUUACCUUUUGCAUAAUAAGCACUGAUCAACAAUUCUUAAAAGUCUAAUAUGUUCAUCUUAUUCAGUUGACGUUAAAAUGUUUUUCUACACGGUCAUCUUCUUUUGUUUUUAUUAAAACAUAAAUCCAAAUGUAUCUGUGUGCCUGUUGAAAUGCUGGGGUAACAACAAUAAAGCAAAACUAGACACA